AUGGCUUCACCGAAAUCGCCCAAUGGCGCGGGCCGCCUGCCCGUCUAUGGGACGAAAGAGGACCUCAACGACAAGGAUGAGACAGCCGUGUUAGAUUUCGAGAGACCGCGCUUUGCUCACACAAAGACGCCUGAUCUAUCAGCUGAACAGCAUAAUGGCAGGCUGACGCCAAACCCUCCUGCCGUCCUGGGUCCUUUUGAUUGGGACGACUUUGAGGCGCGGUAUGAAAAGGCUCUGGUUGACGCGGAUGAGCAAGAGCGAGAAAUCCUCAAAGAAGCUGAAAAUCUUGCCAAGUAUUUCCAGGUAUGGUCAUCGGCUGCCUCAGCCCAUGAUGACGAGCGAGCGGUGAAGCGCUUACAGACGCGACAACGCUUUGUGAACAUUUCUGAGGAAAAGAUGGCCCAAAAGCAGCAGCAUUACGAAGAAGUUGUGCGUGCGUUUGAAAGUGCAUUGGCACUCCUUCGGAUGUCGACCAACGAGCUCUCAUUUAAAAUUCCACAGAUAUCAAGUGACGAACUAUCGGAAUUUCACCAAAGUCACUUUUCAAACGAAGCAGUUUCUGAUUUUGGACAACAUUUCAUAACUCUUCCAUCACAAGAAGUCUCCGAGGAUCAGCUGUACGAGGAAUGGGGAGAGGAGGAAGAAGAGGAUGAUGGCCUCGGCUACUACGAAGACGGUGUAAAACGCACCCUCACAGAUGAGCAGAUCGAAAUAUUCAGGCAUUCAGAGCUAAGGGAACUCGAACGACAACGAGAAAAACAAGCUCUGGCCAAAUCAGGCACGCCGCGAGAUGCCUCUAUAAAUGAAACAGAUACCGCUUCUCCCCAUGGACCGGGUGCCCCCACAAGUUCUCGAAGCAAGAAGAAAAAGAAAAAGAAGUCCAAGGCGGUAAAGCAAGAACCUAAGCCAGAUUUACGGAAGCGAACCUGGGAUGUUGUUGAAGCUGGGCUCGAUUCACUUGACUAUGAUUAG